AUGCGGACUUUGUUGAAGGGAGUGAACUGUGCUGUGCGAUUGUCAAGAAUUUCACGAUUUUCAACUAAAUUCCCGAGGAUGGCGGAUAAUAGCGGCUGUGGAGUUUACUCAGCAUGCUUCAUUACUUGUCCCAACAUGGAAACGGCGAAAGCUUUGGCCAGGAGUGUUGUUGAGGAGAAUAUAGCAGCAUGUGUGAACUUGAUACCUGGAAUAACAUCAGUUUACAUGUAUGAGAAAAAAUUUCAGGAAGAUUCAGAAGUUUUGAUGAUGGUGAAAACUAGGUCUUCAAGGGUUCCUCAUCUGGUGGAGUAUAUAAAGAAAAACCAUCCAUAUGAUGUGCCUGAGAUCAUCAGUACUCCGAUUGAACAAGGCAACCCUGCUUAUCUUUCAUGGAUUGGGGAAAAUGUACCAAGAUAGAUUCUGCUACUAGUCAUAUAUCUUAGUUUCUAGUAUGUGUAGAUGUAUGUCAGUUAGAUAAUGAGGCCAUGGCAUGAAAAAAGCAGCCUUCCCCUCCCCCCAAAAAAUGCUAUGUAUGUUCAGUUAUGCCACCCUAAACUGCUAUUUGAAAAUCGUGAUGCAUACUAGCAUUAUCUCAUCCCUAACUGGUGUUAUGCCCAAGGUUUUGUGAGAGAACAUCAAACAACUGAAAAAAUGAGAAUAUUGUAGAAUACAAUUUCUCAACAUGCUAAAUUUAAUAGCAUACAUUAAAAAGGUUUGUUCUAUGAUUUUGUUUAAUGUAAAUAAAAUAAAAAGACUAUUUUAUGCUGUAAAAUAGCAAAACAAAAUGAUUAGUGUUUAUUUCUUCUUUUUUGUUUUUUAGUCACACAUAAACACAAAUGAAACACCUAUUAUUGUAUUCUUAAAUUAUAUGUAUGUCUUUGUAUGUCUUAAAUUAUUAACACUUUAUUGUUUCUCUCGAGUUUCCAGAUUGGUACCAGUAACAAAACAUUGAUGGAAAUUGCUCUUUUGAAUAAAGUCUCGUUAUGGUUAA